GGGCUCCGCGGCGCAUGCGCAGUGCCGGCGCGGCGGCGGCGGGGCGGCCCCGGCUGUUGUUAUUGUGGGGCUGGUCUGCGCCGCGCCAAGAUGGCGGCCGGGCAGGGGGGCGGUGGUGGCGGCAACGGCGGCGGUAACAACAACAACGGCAAUGGGGCGGGCGGGCUGGCCAUCCCCGGGCACCUCACUCUGUCCUUCUCGGCCGGGCCGCACUGGGGAGCGGCCACUCUGCCGCAGCCGCACACGGUGCGCAGCCUCGACCGGGCCCUGGAGGAAGCGGGCAGCUCGGGCAUCCUCUGCCUCAGCGGGAGGAAGCUGCGCGACUUCCCCGGCAGCGGCUACGACCUCAGCGAUACCACGCAAGCAGAUCUUUCAAAGAACCGAUUCACUGAAAUCCCUCCUGAUGUCUGGCUGUUUGCACCACUGGAAACUUUGAAUUUGUAUCACAACUGCAUCAAAUCCAUUCCAGAAUCUAUUAAAAACCUGCAAAUGCUUACCUACCUUAACAUUAGUCGAAAUCUUUUAUCAACGUUGCCAAAAUACCUGUUUGAUCUUCCCCUGAAAGUUCUGGUUGUCAGUAACAACAAGCUGGUCUCCAUUCCAGAAGAAAUUGGAAAGUUAAGAGAUCUCAUGGAGUUGGAUAUUAGCUGCAAUGAGCUGCAGGUUCUUCCCCAGCAGAUAGGAAAACUGCAGUCACUUAGAGAAUUAAACAUAAGAAGAAAUAAUCUCCAUAUGUUGCCAGAUGAAUUAGGAGACCUUCCCUUGGUAAAGCUGGAUUUUUCUUGUAAUAAAAUUACAGAAAUCCCAAUUUGUUACAGAAAGUUACGGCACUUACAAGUUAUAGUUUUGGAUAACAAUCCAAUGCAGAUACCACCAGCACAGAUCUGUUUAAAGGGUAAAGUACAUAUAUUUAAAUUCCUCAGCAUCCAGGCGUGCCUCAGAAUAGAUAAAAAACCAGAUUCUUUGGAUCUUCCAUCAUUAGGUAAACGAAUCCCCUCCCAGCCACUGACAGACAGCAUGGAGGACUUUUAUCCCAAUAAAAAUCAUGGACCAGACUCUGGCAUCGGCAGCGAUAAUGGGGAUAAAAGGUUGUCCACAACAGAACCAUCGGAUGAUGAUACAAUCAGCCUCCACUCCCAGGUAUCGGAAUCAACGAGGGAACAGACAUUAAAGAAUGAUAAUCAUGUAAUGGGAAGUAAACUCGAUACACAGAAAGACCAGGAGGUGUACGACUACAUUGAUCCCAAUGCCGAAGAGGGAGCUGUUCCUGAGCAAGGAGAUGUACACACUGGACCACUGCUGUCUUAUAUCAAGGAACGGGGAAAACAGCCUGAGAAAUCUCAGAAAAUAGAACAGAAUGAGGACUGGGGUGAUGAGAAAAGACUGCAGAAAGAACAGCUGCUGGCUGAAGAUGAUGAUGAACUCAAAGAAGUGACUGACUUGAGAAAAAUAGCAGCUCAGUUACUGCAGCAAGAACAAAAACACAGACGAAGGCCAUUAAGCUAUAGAACUUCAUUCAGUGAAAAGCUCUUCCAGAGGACAAGGGCGGCAGGACGUGCAUCAAGGCUUCUAAAUCAUUCAGUUUCAGUAAGCACAAGGAACAGGCCAAAGCAGCCAGUGGAAUCUGAAAAAUGUGUCUCAACAGAUGAAGUGAAUUCCCCAGUGUCCCCAUACAGCUGGCAGCCCCUGGAAAACCAGAAGGAUUCAGUGGAUGAGCAGCACUGGCCAGAAACCCAGCCAGUGAUCUGGCAGAAUGAAGAGAGAAGGAGAAGUAAACAGAUCAGGAAAGAGUAUUUCAAGUAUAAGUCUUCCAGAAAGAGUUCAAGUGGCAAUGAAAAUGAUGAGCAAGACAGUGAUAAUACUAAUGUGUCCCCACAGUCUCCUGUGUCGUCUGAGGAUUAUGAAAGGACAGAUAGUAACACUCAUGGUCCAUUUGGUCUCAAACCAAGGUCAGCUUUCAGCCGUGCAUCGCGCCAGGACUAUGGAGCUGUGGAUCCUGGAUUUACAAUGAGGAGGAAAAUGGAACAUUUGAGGGAAGAAAGGGAACAAAUAAGACAGCUUCGCAAUAAUCUUGAAUCCAGGUUAAAAGUAAUCUUGCCAGAUGACAUUGGAGCGGCGUUGAUGGAUGGAGUAGUUCUUUGCCAUUUAGCCAAUCACAUAAGGCCACGUUCUGUUGCCAGCAUCCAUGUACCAUCGCCAGCAGUGCCUAAACUCAGUAUGGCAAAGUGCCGAAGAAAUGUUGAGAACUUUCUUGACGCUUGUAAAAAGCUGGGCGUAUCACAGGAGAGACUUUGCUUGCCUCAUCACAUCCUGGAGGAAAGGGGGCUGGUGAAGGUUGGCCUCACAGUUCAAGCUCUGCUUGAAUUGCCUACGUUGAAAGUACCUCAGCUUUCCUCCAUGUGACACGACUGCUUGGGAGCCAGACAACCUUCCAUCCGAUCUGCCUGUUUGGAUCCCUCUGAGGCAGUUCAGCUUCCUACACGGGAACACCCAAGCCAUCAAAAACUACUAUCUGUCCAGAUGCUGUAGAGAGCCUUACUUUGGAGUUGUAGGUGACAACCUUGGAGUCAGCUGGCAGUUAAAAGACCAUAAUUAUUCUUCUUUACUUUUGUAAUUGGAUGCACAAAGAGAUAUGGUAGCAUCAGGUUCUCUUCCCGGUUAAUUUCAGUUAAAAGCUGCCAUUUAACACCUCACAGUGUUACAGUUAAAUGCUGGAUUUCUUUUUCUCUCAUUGAAAACGUUGUUUGAAUUCUUUUACAAGUACAAAGCACACUCCCUUCACUUUAAUCUUGCAAGUCAAUCAUUUGAUUUCAAGGUAAGACAAAAAUGUAGCGCUGGUGCGAUGGCAGAAAUGCGAGCGGCUGAUCACUUGUAACCCACUUCCACUCCCUCCGAAAGCUUCAUCUUUGUGUUCUUUAUUUUUUGCACUCCUCAUUGUAACUUAGACACUUCUAACAUUGCCAGUAUUUAGUCUGAGUGUCUGGUGAUUACACAAAGCAGUAUCCAAUGGGAAAAGGACACAUUUUAUUGAGUUUUUUCCAGUCUUCUAGGUUGGUGCCAAAUACUUUUUUUCAGUUGUACUGUAGAUUGUUUACAUGUGAAGUGCCUGUGUAAUUGAGAACUCUGAAUAGUCGGAAACAUUUUUGCAAUUUCUUUGUUUAAAAUAGAUGAAAUGGAAAUUUUUAAAUAUUUUAAUAGGUUUUUGUAAAAUCAGUACGUGAAGAUUUAAGUAACGCUUCACACUUUUGAUGUUGGGUGUCUUUAAGUUCGUUGCACAAUUGAAUUGGUUAUUUUGUUGUCUAAUAAUUAGAAAAUACUGUAAAUACUUUUUAUUUAUGAUAUUUAAUUUGAUAAUACCUGAUCACUUUUGGGUUAAUGUAUUGUUGGACAAAAAAGUUGUCUACUUUUCUUUAGGACACACAAGUACACACGGUGAGUAAGAGGUGAGGACUAGUGAUGCACACCGAGUAAUUUAGGACAUUUUGAUAAAACUGCCAAAAUCUCAGGUUUCUGCUGUGACUUUCAGGAUUUUGUGUAAUGUUGCUCCUGAGCUCGUGUUACAUUUUUACAACAGAUUUAUCCAUAGUUUAGUUGGGAAAUACCAGUGUUUCUCUUCUUAGUGUUUACAGGAUUUAUUGUGUGACUUACACAAGUGUGGCCUAGCACACAGAUCAGUUGGUACAAAUGUCGCUGUGCUGAGACAUUAGACCAUUAGACUUUUCUGGAUAAAUGGGAAAAAGAACAAAUUCCACUGUGGUGGUUUUUUCGAGACUUCUCUAAGUUUAUCUAUUUGAUUGCUUCCGCACCAGUUCUUGGUGUUUUGAGCACAUUCUGAAGCCAGACACAGUUGAGUGGUUCUCCAAAAGAGUUGCUAAUAAUUUAGUAAUAAAUCCGUUUGCAUUAGGCUGUUCUUCAUGAAUAGGUAGCUCCAUUGAAAAGUGCCACAGAGUUUCUGUUUUGGGCUGAGUUAAUUUUGAUUGAGGGAUGCAUUUGCCAAGCAGGUAACAAGAUUUGGUUCUGUUCUUUCCAAUUAAUCAAGGCCCAUUGUAAUACAAUUCAUAAAGGAAUGAGGGAAGGGGUAUUGUGUACUCCUUACGUACUUAACUACAGUCCUUAAAAUCAGUAAUUGAGAGGAAAAAUAACCUCCUGCUGACCAGAUUUUGUUUAAUAGAUAGAUUCUUUUUAAAUCCCUUCAAACAAGCUGACCGAUGUGUAAUAGUUAAAACCCACUGUUUAGAUGGUGGGUUUCUUACAGUGCAGCUCCUGGAGAGGCCGGUGUAAAACAACAAACUCCUCAAAAGAAAUCUUAGGUUACAUGAAUACUUGUUUAAGGAAACUGGAUUGCUUUGACCUUUGACAUGUGGGAUUUCAAACCUCUCUAAUUGGUUUGUAAAUCAUCCACAUAAGCCUCAUUUUAACAACUUCGGUCUCCAUUCCUCAUUAAAGGCACUUAUCUGGAAAGUCACACUAAGACUCAAAUGAAUAAGUAAUAUAAUUCAUUAAGCAAAAUGCUUGUCUGCUGCAUUUGAAGAACACAGCCAGUCAAAAGAAUAAGUCAUUGUCUUUCAUUUCGUGGCUGUGGUAUUGACGACACCCACCACAUUCUCUUUCAGUACAUUAGCCAUAGAAUUGCUGACUGUAAAUGGUCACUUUCAGUUACCUGCCUUAAACUGACCUAUUUCCUUGUCAUAUUUAAAUGUUUUCUGAUCUUAAAGUAACUUUUUUUUUUUUUCUACUCAAACUAAAUUGAUAAAGUUCCAUCUCAGUGUAGACAUGAAGAAUCCCCUUGAUGUUGCGUGCCACAUGCUGGCCAGUUUGGUCUUGGGUUGUGGGGUUUUUUUAAGCUUAGCUUAUUUCCUAAGUAACUUGAAAACUGGAUAUGAAUUAAUGGCCUCAUUUUGAAUUGUACCUCUGAAGCUGAAAACUACUAAAAUAACUUUCUGUUUAGUACUCUAGAGUUCUUCCCACAGACUAAAACAGUCUCACUUUGCCAUUCCUUGGAAAUUAUUAUGGCCUUCUUUAUGCUUACAGGGAAGGAUAAUCAUGAUUCUUCCAGGGCUUCCUUUUUAGCAUGACAAAGAUGAAGGCCUUCAAGUAUCCUUCAGAGCAAUCUUGAGAAAAGGUCCACUGUGCCUGGACAAAUCUUUUCUCAGCUUCCUUUGGCUGCUGUUACGAUUAAUAAUAAUCUAAAGCCUUGCAAAAAUUGGCUGUUCCCGUUGUAUUUUUUUUUUUAGGAGCAACUGUGGAAAAAAAAGAUGCUCAAGUUCUGUAAUACAAGUUUUCAUUUUAAAGCAGCUUGUGGAGAUUGUUGCUGUCUUUCCUGUACAAGAAUUUGUCCCUUUUUCCCUUUCCAUUUGAUUCCCAGCAUCAUCUUGGUUAUUUUUGUCUGCUCACAGAUCUAGUGACUUCACAUUGGUCAUUAAAACAUGUUCCUCCUUCCUCUUGACUUUUAAGAAACUUCUCCAGUGUCAUUGGUGAACUACUGUGAUUCCAGAAUCCCUGCUCCCAGCAGUCAGCAGUUUGAGAUACCCUUUUCCUAUUCUGUUUAGGAUGCAGUAGUAUUAAUGAAUACUUGGUACAGCUGAUGGGAUUGUUAAAAAUAGAGGCCUGCCCCCCUUCCUAUUGUAGUUACUCAGUUUUUGCUUCAGGUGUAAGGAGAAAUCAAGAUGAAAAACUUCAGGAAGCUGCAUUAAGUUUUCCUAAUAAGAGUUAACUGGGGUGCUUUCUUAUUGUGAAUGCUAUACAAAGUUACUGCAGUCGUGUGGUCUGAACUAUAAACUGCAGAGUGAAUCGACAUAGUGACAGGGCCUCUGGCCUCAUGUAUGUUUUCUGUUUCUCUGUAUCAUUGGCUGCAGUAUGUCGCACAUGAAAGAGCUUUCAUUUAAGCAAUAAUGCCCCAGAUAUCGUGAGGUCUUAAAGCAGUGACAUUAAAAUAACCAUUGUAAAGCGUGGUUGCGUCCCACACAGUAUCUCAGAAGGGCUUCACAUCUAUAACACUGCUAAUGCAGUGUGUGAGCUGGGGCACUGCUGGGGAUGCAAAAGCCAUCUACACCUGGAGGCCUUCCAAGAAAGAGCUAAAAUGAUCACAAAAUAUGGAGGAAACAGUUGAAACAAUAAGUACAUGAAUUGUAAGAAUGGGUAAAAUCCGAGCUUCACAGAAGCCAAGGCGUGUUCUGCUCUUCAGUAAAGAAGGAGGAGAGAAGAAGGGUCUCGGAGCUGGCCUUUAGUAAAGAACUCCUUCAGUAAAGGAGUCCAGGGGAGGCCACAAGGAUGCUCAGGGGCUGGAGCAGCUCCCAUAUGGAGACAGGCUGAGAACACUGGGGCUGUUCAGCCUGGAGAAGAGAAGCUGCGUGGAGACCUCAGAGCAGCUUCCAGGGUCUGAAGGGGGCUACAAGGAUGCUGGAGAGGAACUGUUCAUUAGGGACCAUAGCGAUAGGACAAGGGGUUGAUGGGUUUAAACUGAAAGAGGGAGAUUUAGGUUAGAUAUAAGGAAGAAAUUCUUUACUUCAGCAGGCUGCCCAAGGAAGUUGUGAAUGCCCCAUCCCUGGCAGUGUUCAAGGCCAGGUUGGACACAGGGGCUUGGAGCAACCUGCUCUAGUGGAAGGUGUCCCUGCCCGUGGCAGGGGUUGGAACUGGAUGAGCUUUAAGGGCCCUUCCAACACAAACCAUUCUAAGAUUCUAUUGUUAAAGUUUCCACGUUUUUGGCUUAAUGGAUCAGCUGAGCUGCAGCCCAUAGCAAACAUGGCUCAAAUUCGUUUAACACUGGCAAAACUUUAGUAUCAAAUUCUUGACUAAAAGUAGCGAUCUCUGGUAAGUCAAGGGAAUCUGUAAAAUAUUACAUAAUUCAUUUAUUUAAUACAGAUUUUCUGAUGUGCCAUAUAUGUAUUAAGACAGUAGGAAAAAUUCCUUUGAAGCACAGCUUUCAUACUAUGGGAAGGUGUCACCUCAGUGACACUGCAGGUGAGGAUUGCCGUUGGACAUGUACUGCACCACAAACUUGAUUUCAGGUAUCACUUGGUGGCAGUCUUAGAUUUGGGUAUAAAUCUGCCUAAUUCAAACAAAAAAUGAAGAGGCAUCUGUUCACUAAAGCAAAUGUCCAUUUGUCUUCUCAGAUUGAAGAGGAGAAAGGUCUGGCACUUGUCCUUCUACUGCUUGCUAAAUGCUUGUACAAGGGUAGGUCUUGUACCUAAUUCAGCUGCAGUCUGCCUGUGUGCCAAAGCUUGUUACUAAUUCAACUGAUUCCAACUAAAAACAACUUUUGGGAGUUUCUGGCACUUUCUGCAGAUAGUUGAUUUUGUAUUGGUAAAUCACAUUUUUUCCUCCUGAAGUCAGGCUAUUGUAGGUGUUUCUUUCAAGAGGUACUUCAUUAAACAGUGACCUCUACUUGAAAAUCAAAAGCAAGCACCCAAAACCCCCUGAAAACCACAAGUCCAACAGCCACAGAACUGGAGUUAAAAGAAGACAGUAAGACCAGGAACAGGAAGGGCAAAUUACAGUUCUCUCAGGAGAGGGUGCUCUGACUUGACUGCACAUGGAAUCACUUCAUGCUGAAAAGCCUUUAGAUUAAGCAGAGAAAAUAGAUGUUUUGUAGCUACUUCAUGCGGAGGGAGGCCAACCCUUAAGUACAUCUUCCUGUAGAGGUUACAGGAGCAGCUCUGCUCUGGAGCCAGGCUGAGAGAGCUGGGCUGGGGCAGCCUGGAGAAGAGAAGGCUCCUGAAGGGGAGACCUUAGAGCAGCUCCAGUGCCUAAAGGGGCUCCAGGAAACCUGGAGAGGGGCUUUGGACAAGGGCCUGUAGGGACAGGCCAAGGGGAAUGGCUUUAACCUGCCAGAGGGGAGAUUGAGAUGAGCUCUGAGGCAGAAGCCCUUCCCUGGGAGGGUGCUGAGGCGCUGGCACAGACUUUUCCCAGAGAAGCUGUGGCUGCCCCAUCCCUGGCAGUGUUCAAGGCCAGGUUGGACACAGGGGCUUGGAGCAACCUGCUCUAGUGGAAGGUGUCCCUGCCCGCGGCAGGGGUUGGGACUGGAUGAGCUGUAAGGUCUCUUCCAACCCAAACCAGUCUGGGAUUGUAUGAUUAUAAAAAUGACACAACCAGUCAUUUUUAGUUCAAAUGUUCUAUAGCCAACUAUGUUUUCAAAGAAGAAUGUUUAAUCUGCUUUUUCCAUACACAUUUUCAAACCCUAAUCUUCAAAUAACCAGAACCAAAAACUCUUUCCAAGACUACUUUAGUAUCUUAGUCAAUGUGAAGGGAGAAGAAUAGCUCAAACCAACAGCAAAUGGGAUUGUUUUGGGAAGCUUUCCAUUUUGGCAGAGUUAGGUUUGCAGUUGGACUCGCUGAUCUUAAAGGUCUUUUCCAAGCGAACUGAUGCUGUAACUUCAGUGAGACCAGAAUUUCCCUCCAUAGUCCUGGAACUGAGCUACACCAUGAAGUCAGUCAUUGAAACUGAAUUCUUGGCACCGAUGAGGAUUUCCUCACUUCAUCCAAGUUUGUGUGAAAUAAGGCAAACACUUCUUUUCAUGAUAGUUUUAUGAAGGCAGAUUGGGAAAUAGAGAAUGCUUGGAAAUAAGCACAAGGAUAUGUUUUAAGUAGGAGUGAAGCAGUUCAAUCUUCCCAGGAUUGCUCUAUUUGCGUGGGAUCUCCCCAGAGGUCGUGGCAUGGGACCUCCCAUCGUUCAGUGUGAACGUGCUUCCUGGAGCACGUGCUCUUCACGUGCAGAUGUUCAUCCAGCUGUUUCCUGAAGCGAUGCCUCCCACUAAGCAUUGCUGCAAUGGUGGGAAUUCCCACCUCUUGCACCAGCAGGUGAUGGGAGCCUGUGAUCACUGGGAGGGCUGUAGAGGAAGGGUGGUUUGUGGAUCACGUUGGGAGUAACAUGAGUACUUCUUACUAUUGUGUAACUUCUACAGUAAGGAAAUUGUGACCGUUGUUCAGGUGUCUUGUUUUGUAACUUGUGGUUAUGAAACUCAGAAAACACACCAUGAGCAGACGAUGGAGGUGUGAAUGUGUGCAGGGCAGGAGCAGUUCUGACGUAUUGGGGUGGUCAUGGAGAAACAGAUGCUGACAUUGUGUAUAUACUUGCAACCUCUUUGAUAGCGCGUUUGAAUUCAUUUUGCAUCUCAUGUUCUUGUAAAGUGCAUCUUCCUCCCACACUUCCAAGACUGUCAACUUGUACAAUACUGUAUGGAGCCUUUUUUCAGGAUUUCCAUCCUUGCUGGAGCUUCCAACAUAGACGUUUCUUUUGAAAACUGUUCCUACUGUUACUUUUUGUAAAUAGUUUUUUGUAUUCAAUUUGCAUGGAUAACCCCCCAUUUCCAAACCAGUGUACAUACGCUGUGUAUAAAAUACAGACUGUUUCAUAACUUUCA